AUGUUGGGAUCUAAUGUCGCGGGUUCUGGCUCGGUCCUUGCUCUACUUCCUUGUAUGUCUGUCUCUCGAUUUUAUCCAUGCAUUUCUCUGUUUUCAUUGCUCUUGUUGAUGCUGGGAUUGGGUUGCUUUCUCUGGAAGGUAUCCGUUCUAUCCGUUUUUACCUGUUCGUGUGUCGAUUUAAUGUGGCUGUGAGCCGCUAGUCGAUACCUGACCAUGAAGUUGGGAAUGCUGGGUGAGCAAACUGCGUGUCCGUUGAUGCGGGCUUUUUUUUUUCCUUUUCUUUUUUACCUGGUCUUUCACGCUGAUUCCGUUUCAGUUGUUGCAAGUUUUAGGCGGGAUAAUGGGAUAUAUUGAUGUCUAAUUUUUAGUAAAGAAAGUAUGGUGUCAUAUUCCAGAGAUUUUCCUCCUCUUCUUGUUUUAUGAUCUGCGAGUAUCUGCAGGCAGAGGCGUGCCUUUUAAAUUUCCCGUCGUUGCUGGUAUUUCUCAGAGGAAGAAAGUGGCAAGGUAAGCGCUGCUUCUGGCCUCUCACAGUAUUCAAUAACCUCUCAAAUUAACUUGACGUGUUCUGGACUGACAGCGACUUGAAGGAGGAUGAAGGGAGCGUAAGGUUGCUGCAUUUUGAUGAAGCUCAAAACCGAAGGGGAUUCGUUAUGCUCUCUUUGGUUGCCGCUGGCAUAUCUGUGGCUCUACCUGCCUCGGGCAAGGGGAAGAAUAAGAGCAAAUAUGAUGAGAAACGCUUGCUUGAGCAAAAUAGAAAGAUUCAAGCAGCAAAUAAUGCACCUGAAGGCUUCCCAAACUUCAUUAGGGAAGGUAAACAUUUUAUCAUCAGAUUUGAUAAUCGUACAAAAUAUAAUUCCUAGAUUUUUCCAGGGGACUUUUUUGUUUGUUGGGUGGGAUUUUUUUUUACGGGAUUCAUGCUCACUCCUUUUCCAUUAGUGUCAUUGUAGUAGCCACCCAACACAAUGUUCAUUAUUCAUCGGCAGCCCUGUUUUUUGCUUCGUUGCAUGCUGUGUUUUCAUGCAUGUAGAUAAAAAACAUUAUCUGCAUAAUCAAGUCCAAGACUUUUUGCCCUAGAAUUCUUCGUUGAAUGAAAGCUUCUCAUUAUCUGUUUAACAUUACCUAUCGAACUACGGAUGCGCACUAGUCAUUAUUUUGCAUGCUGAUGAUACACACUUGCCAUUCCGCUUCUAUUAAAAUGAAACAUUUAAUCCGCAUCGGAUGAGAAUUCGUGUGGCCUUUUCAGUUUAAUCAAAUAAUUCACUGAGACUGGUUUCCUGUUUGGCAUGCCGAUUAUUGUGAAUGUGUUCUCGUAGGAUAUACGUGAUUAUUGUGAAUAGUUGAAAUUGAAUUCAUCACAAGAUUUUCUUCCAAUUUGAAGAGUAGCAAGAUAUAAUCUCGCCAUUAUUCAUUGUGUCUAUAAGUUCUCUUAGGAAAUGUGUAAGUUCUCUUAGGAUAUUCAUUGUGUCUUUUUCACCCGCCUAAUUUGUCAAAUGGAUGAUUGGUCCAAUCUUUCCGAUCUAUGUGCUUCGUUGUUGCAUUGUCCAGGUGUUAUUGACCUUUGUUGAAAAUAAUAUCUGCAACUGGCUUUUGGGGUUCGGUUAAAGUUCUGUCUUUUGGAAUGAAUUUCGCGACUUAAUGCCCACCGAAAGACAAAAUUGGUGGAUGUGUGAGGUGGCAGCUCUGUGUACACCAUUGUUUACGUGGUCUGGUGGGCAUCCAUCUAAAAUAGAAAAAGAAAACUGUUUCUAUCAGACGAAUCACUUACUGAUGCGUAACAUGAUGAUAAUACUGCUUGAAUGGUCAAAUGAUGGCUGUUAAAGGCCACCAUACUUCUUCUAUAUAGCUAAAGAACACCUUGCCUUUCAUCAAGUUAAUCAUGAAUAACCUUGUUAUUGACCAUGGUGAUGAUUUUUUCUCUCUUUAUAAUCUUCUUGCAACCGCGGUGAGUAGCAGAUCCAGCAUUCCGAAUAUCAUGUCGCCAUAUCUGAUACACACUAUCAGUUUGGGAAUCGCUCUAACUCUUGCACCAGCAUACUUCAACUCAUAUCUUUGCCAAAGUUGAUCGAUUCUGAGUUAUGUGCUGCUUAGUAAGAUUGGUGUCUGUGCACUAAGAAUGUUUGAUACAUCAAUGCCAUUAUAUGGAACCCUACCAUCGUGGUUUUCUGCUCAGACGGAUCAGGCCUUACUAUUCCUACUGUUCUUACCAUUGUGAAUCUGAAGAUUCUUCUCAUUCGUGUGGAAUUCUCCUAUUUAUCAUCCUUUCUUGCUGGAUGAUACUUUCAUAAAAUUGCUAAACAAAUAAUUCCACUCCAUCAUGACAUAUCGUUACUGUGCAAGGACUUUGCUCGUUUUUCUCAUUUAGAUGGUAUUUUCCAAUUUAUUUGUCCAUUAUAUUUUUGCGCAUAAUUUUGUCCUUUUGAUUCAUCAGACUGGUGAGACAUAAAUGAGAGAGAAUCUCGCGACGUCAGGAUGUGAUUCAAUAUUUUUCGCCCUCUUUGUGUUUCAGGGUUCGAGGUUAAGGUAGUGACCUCUGAGAACUAUGUGAGGUGCGACUCAGGACUUAUAUACCUGGAUAUAGACGUCGGUAAAGGUGAUUGCCCAAAGGAUGGUCAACAGGUUUUUUCUUGCAUUUUCUUGAUAAAAUAAUAUUAUUUUGUAGGGGAUCCACCAAUUUUGGGCUAAUAUUUCCAUCUUUUUCUCCCAACAUGAACGCUGCUGACGUUGCAGCACUCCCAUUCUGGUUCCUGAGAGAAAUCUACGCUGCAUCAUUGGCAUCAUUUCUUCAUAAAAAUUAGAUGCCAUAGUUUCACCUGCUUUUUUCAUACAAUCUAAAUAUAUAUAUAUAUAUAUAUAUUAUAUUUUUUUAAAAAAAAGUUUCUUUAAAUGGCAGCACUUUAUCUUCAUGAAAUGCUUUAUAUAGUGUUUAUAUCCUCCAAUCCAAGCUCUAUCCAUCUGGAUUGAGCUCCGAAUAUAAGUGGCUCAUGUAUUGAUCGAAAAUGGCAGGUGACGUUUCACUACGUUGGCUACAAUGAGUCUGGCCGCCGCAUCGACAGCACCUACGCUCAGGGUUCUCCAGCGAAGAUCCGAAUGGGCACAAAGGUUCUAGUCCCUGGUAGGCUUUCCUUUUAGGGCAAUUUCUUCUCUGGCUGAGAUCCUCAUCCUCUGUGAGUAACGGUCCAUGAAUUCUAGGCUUCGAGGAAGGCAUCCGUGACAUGAGACCCGGGGGCAAGCGCAGAAUCAUCAUACCCCCAGAGCUCGGCCCUCCUGUGAGUCCCUCCUCCUCUCACUUUUUUUAUAUGAAAAAUUAUAUUAAUUAUUAUUAUUAAUCUUGCUCAAAAUAGUAAUAUUUAAUAAUAAUCUGCGAGCCCAUGACGACCCAUUUAUGGCAGCUGGUUAUCUAUCUCCUCGAUCUGUGGAACAGGUUGGGCCGUCCACCUUCUUCAGCUCGAAGCAGUUCGAGGUCUUCGACGUGGAGCUCCUCGGGGUGAAGGAUUGCCAGAGAAGGACCAUCGGCUUCUACUCCGACUUCGUCUGCGACUGA